AUGGUCCCAACCAUGAGGCGCGACCACUUUAACAGCCAGUCCUUUGGAUCACCACUUAACACCAUGGUGAAGGAGGCACGAAUAUUGAUGGUGGGCGCCGGAGGUAUUGGCUGCGAACUUCUCAAGAACCUCGUCCUUACUGGCUUCGGCGAAAUCCACAUCGUUGACCUCGAUACAAUCGAUCUGAGCAACCUAAAUCGGCAGUUCCUCUUUCGGCACGAACAUAUCAAGAAGUCAAAGGCUUUAGUGGCAAAGGAGGCAGCGCAUGCAUUCAACCCGAGAGUGAAGCUGGAGGCCCAUCAUGCCAACAUCAAAGAUCCCCAGUUCAAUGUGCGGUGGUUCAAGGGUUUUACAAUGGUUUUCAACGCUUUAGAUAACUUGGAGGCCAGGCGGCAUGUGAAUAAGAUGUGCUUGGCAGCAGAAGUCCCUCUUAUUGAAAGUGGUACGACAGGAUUCAACGGCCAGGUUCAGGUCAUCAAGAAGGGCGUGACUGCCUGUUACGAUUGCGCGCCAAAGGAGACACCGAAGAGCUUCCCUGUCUGCACAAUCAGGAGUACGCCAAGUCAACCGAUUCACUGUAUCGUUUGGGGGAAAAGCUACUUGUUAAGUGAGGUAUUUGGGACUAGUGAAGAUGAGUCUGUGGAGAUGGAUCACUCUGAAGACUCGGAAAAUGCCAAGGAAAUUGAGAAAUUGCGACAAGAGUCACAAGCUCUGAAAAAUAUCAAGGAAUCUAUGGGUACUCCAUCGUUUCCACAACUACUUUUCGACAAAGUUUACCACGAUGAUGUUGUUCGGUUGCGCUCUAUGGAAGAGAUGUGGAAGACACGGAGGCCUCCAGAGGCUUUGAGUUAUGCAAGCAUCAUUGAACAAGCUGCUGAGACGGAAAUAUCGAAGGAGAAAGUGUUGAAGGAUGGUCAAAGAGUGUGGAAUCUUCAUGAGAACGUCGUAGUCUUUAAGGACAGCUUGGAACGUCUAAGUCGAAGAUUCGAAGAGAUGAAAUCUUCUAAAUCAAAUGGCAAUUCGGCUGAACCUACCAUCACAUUCGACAAAGACGAUGAGGAUACUUUGGACUUCGUCACGGCAAGCGCGAAUCUGAGGUCGCUAGUAUUUGGAAUUGAAACCAAGUCCAGAUUCGACAUCAAACAAAUGGCUGGAAACAUUAUCCCUGCAAUUGCAACAACAAAUGCAAUCGUUGCUGGACUGUGCGUUCUCGAGUCCUUCAAAGUCCUUCGGGGCGAGGUCUCGGCCACAAAGGAAGUUUUUCUAUCACCAUUCGCACCCGAGCGACUGCUGUCUUCGGAUAGAUACAGAGCUCCGAAUCCAGAUUGUCCGGUCUGUAGUGUGGCACAGGUUCAACUCCUCGUUGACAUGUCCCGGGCUACUCUCAACGAUCUAGUGGAGGAUUUCUUACGGCUUGAGUUAGGAUAUGGUGAGGAAAUAGUCGUAAACCACGGCGAUUCUCUCCUGUACGAUGUCGAGGAAACCGACAAUUUGACAAAGAAGCUCGGUGAACUAGGUAUCAAAAGCGACAGCUUCUUAACAGUCAUUGACGAGGACGACGAGAACCCCAAAGGUCCUAGAGUCAACCUCGUACUCAGUGUACAAGAAUCGGAAACUUUGGGAGACAAGCCAAUCAAAGGAGUCGACCUACCUGCAUCGGCGGUUACAGAAAACGAUGCACCAGCUUCCCCUAUUCUUCGAAAAAAGAAGCCUUCACAGCCAUCGAAUGGCACCUAUGGGACUGUGGCAGCAACGACGACAAAUGGAAACUUGACUGUAUCCAAUGGUACCAAGAGACUGUUUUCGGAAGUAGAAGAAGGGAGCUCGCCGAAGAGAGUAAAGCUUGCAACCAAUGGAGAUGGUAGCAACGACAACGCUAUAGUCAUAGACGAUGGAGCUAUUGUCAUCGAUGACUGA